AAAUAUUUUUAUGGGUGUUAAAUGUGUGGGUGUUCCUGGUGGUCUGAGAAACAGAUACAGUUACAUCCGGAUUAAAAAUGCACCAUUUGUCCUUUUUCUUAAUCUGAGCCAGAUGUUGACUCCAGCUGUCACUCCCUGACCAAUCAGGGGCGGCCGGAGCUCCUCCCUGCUCCCCCCGCUGGCCCUCCGCACACUAACAGGGGGGAAUUCUCCUGCCGGCCCCCUCUUUCACUCUCCUUCCCUCUCCGAGUCUGACCGGGCCGUUUCCCCCCGCUCCUCGGUCCUCCCUGCCCCGCCAUGGACAGAGGGUCGCUGCUGGCCGUGAGCGUGCUGUGCUGGAGCUGCGGUGUGGUCACCGCCAUCCGCCGGGCUGACCUCUUCCCCUUUGGGACGUCAAACGGGGAUUCUCUCCUGGCGGAAGGAGACGAUGAGACCUCCAUGGUGCUGUUUCUGCCCAAACCUUUUUACUUUUACAACACCCAGUUCUCCAAGUUAUACGUCGCCACCAACGGCAUCAUAUCAGCCCAGGACCUUCCGAUGGAAAAGCAGUACGUGGACGACGGCUUCCCCACGGAUUUCCCCGUGGUGGCUCCGUUCCUGGCUGACCUCGACACCAGCGGUGGGCGGGGGCAGAUUUAUUACCGGGUGACGGAAACUCCCGGCGUGCUCAACAGACUAACUUGGGAGGUUUCCCGCGGGUUCCCCGAUGCCAAGUUUGCCCCCACGCACGCCGUCGUCGCCACAUGGGAGAACGUUGCCGCGUACGAAGAUUCAUCAAGAAGCUCCGGGCCGUCUAACAAACUCAAUACAUUCCAAGCAGUGAUCGGAUACGAUGAGACGGACUCCUACGUUCUCUUCCUGUACCCUGAAGACGGACUGAACUUCUUUGGCACAAAACAGAAGGAGUUUUAUAGUUUAGGGAUUGAGACCGCAGCUAGAGUUGGAUUCAGCAGAGGAGAGGUGAAAUAUUUUUUCUUCUCCCGAACUGAAGGACCCUUCUACAGCGUAACAAGCGAUGAGGAGAGUGUUAAAAACCUCAACCGGGUUGGUAACACUGGGACUCCAGGGCUUUGGCUUUUCCACACUGGACGCCAAUACUCCUUCGACAAUAUCGUCCCUGCGUCCGUUGGCGGUCCCAUUGUCACUGCGCCCCCUAGAGGAUUUGUCCCGGACACCACCACCCCUGAGUUUGUUUUAUACACCUUUGGCCCUGAAAGCCAUGAAGACAGUGAACAUUCCCUGACGCAGUACCCCCAGCCUGGAAGUCCAGAGCCUUCUAAUUCCCCUUCAGAGGACUCGGGUCGGCUGCUGGGUUCUGAACCCAGGUAUGGAUCGGAGCCAGUAGAGAUCGAGUACGCUCCUCCUGAACAGACACAGAGAGUCGUGGAGGGAGGUUCUCGAGAGGGCCUGGAGCAGAUACCACAGCUCCCCCUAGAGGUGGUAGAUCUGUACCCCCCUGACAGAAAUACGCCCGCUUUGACCCCUGGGGGUUAUGUGGUCAGCGUGGAGGAGGAGGACGUUAAUUUUGACACUAGAGUUAUUCAAUACACUACAGAUAAUAAGGAAACCUGUGCCAGGUUCCAACAGCAGUGCUCCCAGAAUGCAUUUUGCUCCGACUACGCCACAGGCUUUUGCUGCCACUGCCAUCCUGGCUUCUAUGGAAACGGGCGCGACUGUCUCCCUGACGGUGCCCCCCAGCGUGUCAGCGGUAAAGUGAGCGGCACCGUGAGUGUGCAGUCAACUCCGGUGCCACUAAACAACAUCGACCUCCAUGCCUACAUCGUGGUGGGAGAUGGAAGAGCCUACAGCGCCAUCAGUGAGGUACCCGAACCUCUGGGUUGGGCCCUGAUGCCAGUCUCACCAAUAGGCGAGCUCUUUGGAUGGCUGUUUGCUUUGGAGCUACCCAAUAGCCAAGCGGGAUUCAAGACCACAGGUGCCAAGUUCACUCGGCAUGCGGAGGUGCAGUUUUACCCUGGGAACCACCGCCUGUCCAUCCUGCAGACAGGGCGGGGUCUGGACGAGCACAAUCUCCUCACCGUGGAUACUGUUGUCAACGGCAACGUGCCGUUCGUCCCACCUGGAGCCGAAAUCACUGUGGAGCCCUUUAAGGAGACCUAUCAGUACUAUCCUUCUGUCGUGACUUCCACCUCUGCCAGGGAAAUCAAGGUGGUCUCAGCGAGUCGCGGGACAGAGUCCUACUCCUUAAACCUGAAGCAGAACAUCACUUACCGAGAGUGUCGCCACGACAACCGCGCCAGCAGUCCCGAGACGCUGCAGAUCACCAUGGAAAGGGUGUUUGUGAUGUACGUCAAGGAGGAGCGGAUCCUGAGAUAUGCUGUCACCAACAAAAUCGGCCCGGUUGGAGCUGACCCUGUGGCGCCUGAACUGGUCAAUCCUUGUUACUCUGGGAACCACGACUGUGACACCACAGCCAUGUGUAUCCCACAAGAGGACCAGAACUACGAGUGUCAGUGCGCCACCGGCUAUGGAGGGGACGGACGCAACUGUUACGACAUAGAUGAAUGCGCUGAGGGCGUGAGCUCGUGCGGCGAGCAUUCGGAGUGUCUGAACCUUCCUGGUAGUCAUCGCUGCCAUUGCAUCAGAGGCUUUGAGUUCGCCAACGAUGGGCGGACCUGUGUCGAUAUCAAUGAGUGCAGCUCCUCUCCGUGUCACAUCACUGCCAGAUGCAUCAACGAGCUGGGAUCCUUCCAGUGUCUGUGUCAGCCAGGAUUUAGUGGCGACGGCUUCUUCUGCUCCCAUCGGGAGGGUCGUCCAAAGAGCCAGUGUGAGUUGCACAGGGACAGUCUACAGGACAGAGAGGGCGUUGGAAUCGGGUCUCACAUCCCCCAGUGCGACUCUGACGGACGAUACCGACAGCUGCAGUGCCACGGCUCCACGGGAUACUGCUGGUGUGUGGACAGCAGUGGACAGGAGAGACAAGGAACCAGGACCCCACCGGGAACUACACCGACCGACUGCAACAGAGCUGAACAACCUAAAACUGAAUGUGAGUACAACAGAGACAGAGCGCAGAGCUCCGGUUCAGACGGACUUCCUGAUCCAGGCCUGUACGUUCCCCAGUGCAACACAGAGGGCCAGUAUGUUCCCCUGCAGUGUCUUGGCUCCACAGGAUACUGUUGGUGCGUGGACCCCAGAGGACAGGAAAUACCCGGAACCAGAACCUCACCUGACACCCCUCCUACAGACUGCGACAAACCAUAUGUUCCAGAGCGUCCUAAAACUCGAUGUGAACAUCACAGGGACAGCGUGCAGACCACCACACGAGAAGGACUCCCCUUAACUGGAGCUUAUGUACCACAGUGUGAUGAAAGCGGAGAGUACUUACCACAGCAGUGCCAUGAUUCUACUGGAUACUGUUGGUGUGUGGACAGUACCGGACAGGAAAGAACCGGAACCAGGACGCAGCCUGGGUCAGCACGUGUCGACUGCAGCAGAACCGAUGAACCACCACCCUUUACGACUCGAUGUCAGCUCCACAGAGAACAUGUGUUGAGCUCUGAGCGAGAGGGCCGCCCCUCAGUCGGCGCCUAUGUACCACAGUGUGAUGAAAACGGGGAGUACGUCCCACAGCAGUGCCAUGACUCCACUGGAUACUGCUGGUGUGUGGACAGUUCUGGACAGGAGCGAACAGGAACCCGGUCUGCGCCUGGUACGCCGUCUGUCGACUGCAGCAACCCAGAUGAAGCUCCCCGGCCGAGGACUCACUGCGAGCGCCUCAAAGAAAGCGUUCUGACCGGCAGUGCAGAUGGAAGUCCCUUAACUGGAGCUUAUGUACCGCAGUGUGAUGAAGACGGACAGUAUUAUCCACGCCAGUGUCACGGUUCCAGUGGAUACUGCUGGUGUGUGGACAGCUCUGGACAGGAGAGAACAGGAACCAGAACCUCACCUGGGUCACCGUCUGUGGACUGCAGCAGAACAGAAGAACCUGAAGCUCCUAAAACAGAAUGUGAGCAGCACAGAGAGCGCGCCAUGGCUUCAAGUCAAGAUGGCGGCCCUGCAGUGGGAGGGUUUGUCCCCCAAUGCGACGCAGAAGGACGCUAUCUGUCCCAGCAGUGCCACGGCUCUACCGGACACUGUUGGUGUGUUGACAGCAGGGGACAGGAGAGGCCAGGAACCAGGACGCCUCCUGGAGUCACACGAGUGGACUGUGAUAGGAGACCAGAUCCGGUGCCUCCGUACACUCGCCCUGAAAGCGUGUGUGAACGAUGGAGGGCCAGUUUGAUGGAGCACUACGGCGGAAAGCCCGAGCCGCAGCAGUAUUUACCCCAGUGCCAGUCGGACGGAGAGUUCAGUCCGGUUCAGUGCUACGGGGAGACCACGUACUGUUGGUGUGUGGACCAGGACGGACGGGAGGUUGCUGGGACUCGAUCCCAUGAUGCAGUCAAGCCUGCAUGUCUCCCAUCAGUGGCUCCGCCCACAGUGCUUCCAUUGCCCCGCCCUGAUGUGACUCCUCCCACACAUGCUGACGUCACACUGCUGUACGCUCAGGGGCAGAAAAUUGGCGCCCUCCCUCUGAACGGGACGAGGAUUCAUGCGAACCGCUCCUCGACGCUGUUGACUCUACAUGGUUCCAUUGUUGUCGGCAUCGCCUACGACUGCAGAGAAAACCACGUUUAUUGGACCGACUUGUCUGCCAGAACCAUAAACCGAGCCUUCAUGGUCUCUGGAGCAGAGCCCGAGAUACUCAUCAGCUCCAAUCUGGUCAGUCCGGAGGGUUUGGCCGUAGACGUCCAGCGUAGGUUGAUGUUUUGGGUCGACUCGUCGCCUGAUAUCAUUGAAGUCGCCAACUUGGACGGCAGCCAAAGACGGACGCUGUUUGAUAAGGACUUGGUCAACCCCAGAGCCAUCAUAGUGGUUUCCUCCAAAGGCACUCUGUACUGGACAGACUGGAACAGAGAGGCUCCAAAGAUCGAGAGCUCGACGGUGAACGGCCAGAACCGCAGAGUGGUGGUGUCCGAUGGGAUCGGAUUGCCAAACGCGCUGACCUACGACUACUCCACGGAUCAGGUCUGCUGGGCCGAUGCAGGUACGAAGCGUUUAGAGUGCGUCUCUCCAAACGGCUCCGGCAGAAGAGUGAUCCAUCCCAACCUGAACUACCCGUUCAGCAUGGUCUACUACAGAGACCACUUCUACUACACAGACUGGAGGAGGGACGGCGUGAUCGCAGUGAACAGAGACAGCAGCAAGUUUACGGAGGAGUACCUACCUGACCAGCGCUCACACCUGUACGGCAUCGCUGUAGCAACCAACCACUGUCUACCAGGGAGCCACUAACCAGCAGCCGGCAGCUAUAGGAGGGGCCUAUCGGUGCUACAGAGGCAGGAGACGGUCCGGGAGGAGCCGCUCCCCUCCACCCGCUCUGAAGAUGUAACCCAAAAGUUCUGUACAUUUGUUUUAUACCUCAUUUCUAAAGUUUUUACUGUAUUUUUUUAUGUUUUUGUAUCGAUUAAAAGCCACAAUCACCUAAAGAUUGUCCGACUCUGAGGCCAAACGUCACCAAAAAGAGGGAAGAAAUAAACGGAGAAACUGCCUGAACUCACCUCUGCACUAACUCCUCACCUUGUUUUUUUUGGUUUGCUGCAUUUUCAGUCCUCCAUCUGCCGAUGAGAUAUUUAUAACAAUAAAAUGUGAUCUGAUACUUGA